AUGUCGCCAUCCAUCCUCAUGGACACCUCGGACGAUUUCGUCAUGCCUGUCGCAAAGGCGCCGCAGUCUUCCAAGCGAACCCUCCUCCUCUCGCCACCGUCUCUGUCAUCCCACCAAGAGAAAUUGACCAAUGUGCUGGAGAUGCACAACCGAGCAGUCACGGACAUGCAAAUGCUCGACAGACUAGCAGCUGGCUUCGUCUCUCUUCCUCAGUCCACCUAUGAUGUAAUUAUCAUCCUCUCCGAUGCCGAUGGUUCUCGCCAGGAAUCACACGCCCUCCUUCACCGGGACGUCCUGGGACUGUUGGUGAAGGCACUCAAGAACGGAGGUCAGCUACGAAGCCAGGACGGUCAAUAUGGGAAUGUAGAUGGCGCGGAAAAGAACGAGGCUAUUUUGGCCGGAUUGUCAUAUCAGUCGGGGACUGGUUUUUUCAAGCCAGACUACGGCGCCCAGGAGUCGGUUCCUCUCAAAUUUGGAAAGAAGAAGAAUGUUGCUCAGGCUGCCGGCGGGCUGAGUACUAAUGGUGGCUCCGUGUCACUCCCCUUGAAUGGAAAACGAAAGAGUGGGGACAAUGUGCUUGAUGGUGUUGGAUUUGACGAUGGCACAAUGGACUCUGAUGAUGAACUAAUUGACGAGGAUGAGCUACUGGAUGAGAACGAUCUCAACCGGCCCAUCAAGAUUCCCACCGAAUGCAAGCCCAAGGCAAAGAGACGCCGAGCCUGCAAGGAUUGCACUUGUGGUUUAGCACAAAAACUCGAAGCAGAGGACCGGGCGCGAAGAGAAAAUGCUGACAAGGCAUUGAAUACGCUGAAGCUACAAUCUGAUGAUCUGGCCGAGGUUGACUUUACCGUUCAAGGCAAGGUUGGAAGUUGUGGAAACUGCAGUCUCGGAGAUGCCUUCCGAUGCGACGGCUGUCCUUAUAUUGGUCUGCCUGCCUUCAAACCAGGAGAAGAGGUUCGUCUACUGAACAACGACAUUCAAUUGUAA